GUUGAAGCAACCUCCAUGAUCUCAGCACUGGAUUGUGAUGUACGGCCUGGUUCCGGUUUGGGAAUAUUUGAGCUUGGAUCAUCGUUGUGGACAGUGCUGGACCUGCUGAGGAGACUUCAACACUCAUUUCCUCAAGUGGAUGUCAAAUAUGACACUGACGCAGCCUCUACCACCCCCAUUGUCCUUUAUAUCCGUCCGCAUCUUGAAUUGCUCUUCUCAGGGAAAAACCAACGCUUGCAUACCAUCAUUCUUCGUAAACUCCGCCUCGGAGCCGGAGAGCCUCCAGUAACAUUACGAUACAAAGACGUUGUUCUGUCUUCCCCAGACAAUGUCCUCAAACGCGUCUUCGUCAGUCGGACAUUUGGGCCUACCUACCCAUCGGGCGACGAUUUGCGGUCUGAUCUACGCUACCCUGGUCUCUGGUUUAGCUUUGUGGAAGACGGCAUGGGCGACUCAUUGAAGAGUAGCGACGAUCCAAGAAUGCAGGAGGUCAAACGUGUUAUUGUGUCACAGAAGGAGCGUGAAGGUGAAGAUCGAGAUGCGUUAGGUGAACCGGUUGAGUGCGCCGCAAUGGAGGGUGAUAUCUUUCGUGCGGUCGCAAAGGUUCAUGAAGGCGUCACCUUGUACUUUUAUCCUUCAAAAUCAUCUCCACUGCGCAUCAGACUUGGGGAAACGACAGUUCAAGAUCUUACAAUAGACCUCGGUCCACCCAAUCGAGUGCACUAUAAGGACGAUGACCGAAUGACCAUUCAUGCUACAGCGCGUUCUGGAGAACAUUCAGAGUCUUCGUACUUUUAUAACUACUUCCAGCAUGGUAUCGAUUUCAUGCUCUCACCUAGCCAUGUUGUGAGCAAAAUUAUCUUACACUCCAACGUGCCGGGUUCUCCCUUGUUCCAGCGUUACAAACGCUGUAACUGGGAGAUCGAGGGUAAACCAGAAGAUGACGAAGAUGAUACCCCGCCACGAAAGCGUUUCCAUGAUCGGGUUUAUUUUCAUCUGCUGCUUCAAUCGUUGGCUCAUGGCUUCCAGUUCGAGACGAUUAGCCACUUCCUCUCUCCACGCGAGCCGCCUCCGUCUAUGCUACUCGACCGAACAGACGACGAAGAAGCUUUAACGCUCCCUAACGCAACUUCACGGCGUAAGUCUCAGUUCUUGAAGCGAAUCAGCAUGUUGAAACAGCAGAGGACAGUCCACGGUUAUGAUGGAAUCAUUUUAGAGGUAUCUGAAUCUUCACAGGUGCUCGCUGUGAUGUUGUUCUAA